CACAAUGAGGACGGCCGCGAGUGCCGCUACUUCGACGACUUAUAUGCGUUCUGUCUGGACACAAGAGUAUGGAGCCGCGUCAAUGUGGCCGGCAGAGGACCGUGUGCGCGCUCGGCGUGUCUCAUGCUGCCUGGCGCUGAUAGUCUAAUAAUCUACGGCGGCUUCUCCCGAGUCAAAGAAGGUCGCACGGAGCGCACUCACACGCACACGGAGUUAUUCCGAUUGGCCCCCAAGAGUGGGGGCGGCGGCUACACGUGGCGCUCGCUGACGGGGGGGCCGCUGGCACCGCCGGCUAGAGCGGGACAAGCGGCUGCUGUUAACGCACAUAGUGGGAGGGCUUAUGUCUUUGGAGGAGUCAGUGACGUAGAAGAAACAGAAGAAGAGCUUCGCGGUGAAAUGAGUGACGAGCUGCUCAUGCUAGACCUUGAAAGCGGCAAGUGGCACAGCGUCACGCUACGGACCGAAAAGCAAGCCGCGUCAGCGUCAAGCUCGCAGGAUCAAGGCGCAGAGACUGUGGAAGAGACGAAGGAAAUUGUCACUGUGGUAACAGACGAGGUGUUCACGAUGAAGUUAGGCGGUGCGCCCGCGCCGACCAACGCCGCUGAUGACGUCACCGUCGCAGUCAAAACUAAGACGGGUCCUUCAGCACGAAUGUCGGCCAUGAUGGCAGUUCAGAGAUCCACCCUGUAUCUGUAUGGAGGCGUGCUAGAGAAGGACGACAAGCAGUUCUACCUUGGAGAUAUGUACAGCUUAGAUCUGCACAAACUAAACGAAUGGAAGACCAUAAUCGAGCAGCCUUCACUGCCCGACUGGCUCGGCUCCGAUUCUGAAGAGUACGAGACCGAUUCGGAAGAAGAUUCUGAAGACAACGACGAAAGCGACGAUGAGUGAGUGCAAAUGUAGACUUUAUGUUGUUUAAGAGUAAGUGCUAUUUUAUUUGUUACUGUUCAAGAAAUAUUCCGCUAAAAGCGGUAAGUUAGAAAACCACAGAUUAA